UUCCUGCAGGAAUGGGACAGUGCCCGCAAAGUUGCUCGAAGCCACAUCCUGGACACCUUCAUUGAAAGCAAUUCUGGCAAGACCGGGCCAGAGCUGGAGCUGGAGUUCUCCCAGGGAGCCAGCUUGUUUCUGGCUCGCCUAACAGCCUGGCUCCGGAUGACCUACAUGUAUGGCACUUGCCUAGACAAGCUGCUGAAGUCCAUUGGCAUCUUUUUAUCAGCAGCAAGCGGACGCAGAUACCUCCUUGAGUUUCUGGAGAUUGGAGGCGUCCUGACUCUCCUGGAAAUACUGGGGCUGAACCACCUGAGAGAGGAGGACAAAAGGGAGUCUGUGAAGCUGCUUCAGCUCGUGGCAAAUGCUGGCAGGAAGUACAAGGAGCUCAUCUGUGAGAGCUACGGCGUGCGAUCCAUCGCCGAGUUCUUGGCCACGUCCACAUCGACAGAGGCUCAGGAGGAGGCACAGCUCCUGCUGGACUCUUUGGGCCGCGGCAAUCCUAAGUACCAGAACCAAGUCUACAAAGGCCUCGUUGCCGUGCUGCCGUGCAGCUCCCCGCGAGCCCAGCAGCUCUCUCUGCAGACGCUCAGGGUCAUGCAGGAGGCGGUCGGGGAGGCCCCGGGCGGCCUGGUGGAACCGCUGCUGGCCGUGCUGCGCUCCGUGCACCUGGAGGUGCAGUACGAAG